UUAAAAAAACAGACACGGUUAAUAUGAUGCCAAGAAUGAAAUUUGCUGUCUUAUACCUAUGUAUUUUGGCAAUUGUUUUCAAUCGCAGCCGUGGAACCCAAUGUCCGGGAGAGUGUAGCAACGAGUGUAGUUUUAACAGUGAGGGAAAUAUCACUGAAGCCAACUGCACUGGAAUCCGUCUGCAAAAUCUUCCGAGAACUGCAUUAAACCUGAAUAUCAAAGGACCAGUCAAACCGAUUGAUUUUCCGCUGGGAAGAAUGUAUUCUUACCAUUUGUUUGGCAUGACGAAUCUACAAUAUUUGAAGAUUGAGCAUUACGGAAUUACAAAACUUGAGCAAAACUGUUUUAAUGCGCUAUCCGCCUUGAUAACUUUGGACCUAAGCAACAACGUGAUUGUACAAAUCGAAACCAGCCAUUUCACUGGACUGUCCAGUUUGAAAUAUUUGCACCUACACCAUAAUUUUAUAGAAAUAAAAGAUGAUGCAUUUAGAGGUAUGUCUUCGUUAAUUGACGUCGAUUUGUCGCAUAACAACAUAGACCAUCUUGACAAUAUUACUCUGCAAGGCCUAACCGGCGUAGAAUCACUAAAUCUAUCAUUUAAUAAAAUAUCUGCGGUUGAUGAAGCGGCACUAACAGAUCUUAAAAAACUCACAGAAAUAAGGCUCGGAUACAAUACAAUUACUACUCUACCAUCCGUCUUGUUCAAAGGACUAGCAAAUCUUCGGGACAUUGAACUUCAACACAAUUCCAUCCUUGACAUUGAAGGCAACACAUUCGGCAGCCUCCGUCUAGACGGUCUUAAUUUAAUGGAUAAUACAAUCGGAGCGAUCGCCCCUUCUGCAUUUGAUGAAAGUUCCAUCGGAGAAGUCCACCUAGAGAACAACAAUCUUAAAUCCCUGCCAGAAAGCGUCCUGACCAUCUUCAGUAAAUCUUCGUCCGUUUUCCUUUUCAACAAUUCUUGGAUCUGUAACUGCACGGAGAACUGGUUCAGAGACAUCGCUUCAUUAUCAAACCCGAAACCAAAAUGUGCUGAACCAAGAAACUAUACCGAAAUGACACUUUCCGACUUCUUUGGCAAGUUUACUGAACUGUGUCAACCCGAGGCUGUUACUGCUCAUCGUACAGACACGGAUUCAGACACAAACAAAGGCGCUAUGAUUGCUGGAAUUAUUUGUGGUAUAUUUAUGUUGGCGUUGUUGAUUGGGCUUUUGUUGUUAUUGUACAAGAAGAAGAGACAGAGGGUAAAGCCACGAGACGAACAAAACACUCCUUCUGUUCAUAUUAACACAGUUAACACAGUUCCGACCUAAGUGUGGGUGAACUUUGUUGAUUUUUUUUAUAUAUACGUGUAUCACAUUUAUUUCAUCAGGAAGUCAGACUAGUUCACUUGAAACUUGUUAUUGUAUAUAAUAUUUUAUCUUAGUAUGCAUAUAUCGGGAUAUGAUUUCGCUUCAAUAAACAUCGAAUAAAUAAAGA